UGAAUAUAGAAUGAGAAUAGAUUCGCGCCUAUAGAAUAUGGCAAAAUAGGAAUUCAAAUUAUAGGCGUAAAAUCCUUAGAAUGCGCCUGGUGAAUUUUCUGCGCGUUUGAUGCCACGUGCAUUAAUUGAAAACGCACAUCUGCAACGAAUCGCUGCGGCUGUGGUACAGCUUCAGUUUAACGUUUCCGUAAGAAAGUGAAGAACGUUGCGUAAAUGCUUCAAGUGAAUUUGAUCGGCGUCGACGUGGGCACAGGAAGUGUACGCGCAGCUCUGAUAAGCAGUAAAGGUAAAGUACUGAAAACAUGCGUUAAAACGACAAAGACGUGGAACCCACGACCCAACCAUUACGAACAAUCCAGCGACGAUAUAUGGAGCGCCGUUUGUGAAUGUGUUCGUAAUGUCGCAUCUCACUGUCCCAAAGAUGAAAUUAAAGGCAUAGGAUUCGAUGCUACCUGUUCGUUGGUUGCUUUGGAUAAGAAUGGAAUGCCAUUAUCUAUCAGCACCACGGGAUCUAACGAACAGAACAUUAUUCUUUGGAUGGACCAUCGUGCACAGGCUGAGGCCGAUUUAAUCAACGCUACCAAACAUGAACUACUGAAUUACGUCGGAGGUGGAGUUUCGCUUGAAAUGGAAUGUCCGAAGCUGCUGUGGUUGAAGAAAAAUAUGUUUCGCCAAACAUGGACCAAAGCCGGAGCCUUUUUUGAUCUUCCUGAUUUUCUUACAUACAAGGCCACCGGCAGUUUAGCGCGUUCAAUCUGUUCCGCAGUGUGCAAGUGGAAUUAUGAUGCUAUCAAAGCAUCUUGGUCUAGCGAUUUUCUCGCCAAAAUCAAUCUGGCCGAUCUUGCCGAAAACAAUUUUCAUCUGAUAGGGGAGAAACUCCAUUCUCCAGGGGAUUCUAUUGCAGGUGGUUUAGCCCAAGUAGCAGCUGAGGAUAUGGGUUUGAAUGCAGGCAUAGCAGUAGCUACCGCAAUGAUUGAUGCGCACGCUGGAGCACUAGCGCUGUUGGGUUGUCGCAGUCCAGACACCCAGUUGACCGAUUCGCUAACAACAAAACUAGCCAUCAUCUGUGGAACCUCUUCCUGCCACAUGAGUCUCACUCCGCUACCGGUUAUGGCGCCAGGCAUUUGGGGACCAUACAAAAAUGCCAUCAUUCCGAAUUUGUAUCUAAACGAAGCAGGUCAAAGCGCGACCGGUAUUCUGAUCGAUUUUAUUUUGCAAACUCAUCCAUGCUAUGACCAACUACUUCGGGAGCACGGUUCACACGCCAAUAUCUAUUCGUUUCUGAACGACUUUCUUCUAAAACUGAAGCAACGUAGCAACUUACCCUCAGUGCACGUGUUAACGGCAUCGUUACACGUGUGGCCAGAUUUUCAUGGAAAUCGCUCACCUCUGGCGGAUCCCAAAUUGAAAGGAAUGCUAUCCGGUCUAACAAUGUCAAAAGAUGUGGAAAACCUGGCACUGAUCUAUCUGGCUUUGAUGCAAGCACUAUCGUAUGGCACGCGUCAUAUUCUAGACGUUCUGGCAAGAUCAGGCAGAGAACCGAUUCGUUCGAUCCUGCUCUGUGGAGGUUUAAGUAAAAACACACUAUUUGUUCAAACACAUGCCGAUAUUUGCUCGAUACCGGUUCUCCUGCCACACGAAUCCGAAGCCGUACUGUUGGGGUCGGCUAUUAUGGGAGCAUGUGCUGCCGGGAUCUACAUGGACUUGAAGACAGCCGCAGAAGAAAUGGGAGGCGCGGCAGAAAUAGUGAAACCAGAUAUGAGUGAUAGAAAUCGAGACUAUCAUGAGCGAAAAUAUCGUGUGUUUUUGCGAAUGGUUGAUGAUCAACGAGCUUACGAGAAAAUCAUGAACGAGUAA